CUUGUAUGAAUGAACCGAGAGAGAGAGAGAGACUGCGAGUUACUAAGACAGCCGCAAUCAGUCACUCACUCCUUUGCAGAGUCAUGGAGAGGUCGCCCGCAAGCUCCUUCUCUUGCUGCCGUCGCUGACUCUCACUCAGUCACUCUCUCUCAGCUUGCUUGCUCCUGCCCGCGCCACCUGCUCCCGCGGCCGCCAUGGGGGGGUCCGGAGCCGCCCUCUUUCUGGGCUUGCUAAUAUUCCUCGCAAUGCAGCUGCCACUGAUAAUUGCAGAGUGCCCCUUGGACUUAAGCAGGUCCAACUUCACUCUUGUGGCUUCUGUAUGCUCUGAUAAGGGUGAGAGAGCAAAGUGUUGCCGCUACAUUAAUGCAUGCAUUGCAGUUUCGGUUGCUCGAUAUGCAAACAGGACAAGCAGUCUUGCGGUUGCCUCUGAUUCGGCCUCGAUCUGCCUCCAGUCAAUAGCACAAACCCUAGCACUGUAUGGAGUCCCGCGAAAUGCCACGGCCUUCUGUGGGCUUGGGACGAAGAUAACAGUCAAUUACGAAUGUGUGGGGCGAACAACGGUCACGCAGAUGCUGCAGUCUCCAGGGUUUAAGGAUGUCUCUGAGAAUUGUGGGGACCCAAUUUCAGUGGACAGCGAUUGUAGAAAGUGCGUGAAUGCGGAGAUUGUUUACCUUCAUCAUCUGAUUGGGACUGUCGAUAAUGUUACUUUAAAUACUUGUCGAGAUGCUGCUUUCGUUGCCCUCGCGAGCCAGUAUGAUGAUGCAUCAGCGGCAAACUUCGCCAACUGCUUCUUUGGGGUUGAAGGCCUCAGCAUAUUUUCGGCAUCAAAUACAUCUCAAUCUCCAUCAACUCCUGAUGCUUCCCCAAGUCCUCCAGCUGCUGCUAGCCCAAGUCAGCUUGUGUUAGGUGUACCAUUGAAUCAAACCCAUCAUUCAUAUCACUUGACACUGGUACCAGGUCUUGGGAUAGCUGUGACAGUACUGGCAGUCUUGACAUUGGCGGUCUUAUUAAUUUUCAUUCGAAGAAAAAGAAGAGAGCUAGAGGUUUCAGAAGAUAUCGACAAGGCAUCUUCAAAAGUUUUCCCUCCUCCUCAUUCUAUAAAGAAACUCCAGGAAGGUCAGGCGUUUAUGUUCCGUAAAUUCAGCUACAAGGAGACAAAGAAGGCAACAGAGAAUUUUAACACUGUUAUUGGAGAAGGUGGGUUUGGAACUGUUUACAGAGCUCAAUUUAGCGAUGGUUCUGUGGCAGCCGUGAAGAGAAUGAACAGAGUAUCAGAGCAGGGGGAGGAUGACUUCUGUAGGGAGAUAGAACUUCUUGCGAGGCUUCAUCAUCGUCAUCUUGUUGCUCUCAGAGGUUUCUGUGUUGAUAAGCGUGAGAGGUUCCUUAUGUAUGAGUAUAUGGUCAAUGGGAGCUUAAAGGAUCAUCUUCACUCUCCUGGGCGCAAUCCUUUGAGUUGGCAGAUGAGAAUUCAAAUUGCCAUUGAUGUGGCUAAUGCUCUGGAGUACCUCCAUUUUUAUUGUGAUCCUCCCCUGUGCCACAGAGAUAUAAAAUCCAGCAACAUCUUGCUGGACGAGAAUUUUGUGGCGAAGGUUGCAGAUUUUGGGCUUGCACAUGCUUCUAAAGAUGGUUCCAUUUGCUUUGAACCAGUCAACACUGACAUUCGGGGAACUCCAGGUUACAUGGACCCUGAGUAUGUAAUCACCCAUGAGCUUACUGAGAAGAGCGAUGUAUACAGCUAUGGUGUUCUCUUGCUAGAGAUGGUGACUGCUAGGCGAGCUAUACAAGAUGGAAAAAACUUGGUGGAAUGGUCCCAACCCUACAUGGUCUCUGACUCAAGAAUCAUUGAGCUCGUGGACCCAACAAUUCGAGACUCCUUUGACUUUGAACAGCUCAAGACAAUAGUGGGCAUCGUGAAUUGGUGCACUCAACGUGAAGGUCGUGCUAGGCCCUCGAUCAAGCAGGUUCUGAGGCUCCUCUAUGAGAGCUCAGACCCAGUAAAUAGCGGGUCACUCCAAGAUGAGGAGUUUGAGGGAGGCUCAGAAGGUAGAGGAAGGGUGAGCAAAGGGAAAAUGCAUAGAAAUGACAUAUUUCACAGUGGAGAUGCGAGAGGUCUGGCUUCUUCUUCGAGCACAUCUAGGUCGUAUUGCAGCCGAAGCUUCCUGCUCGAGACUGGAUCCCCACAGUCUCCCCCGAACAUACCGUCUCUGUAAGGGCUCUUUUGUCGAUAAAAAACGUAUGGAGACCGAGGAAUGGUAAGUUAGUGUAGAACCAGUGAGUGAAAGGGUUUUUUUUUUCUCUUAGAUUUCACUGGUACCGACAACAUUUUGUGUUUUGAAUUUUCCUUUUGUAGAGCAUGUAGUAGAUUGGUAAAAGUACUGCUCGAUGGAAAAAUCAUGUUAUCAAACACAGAAAGAAGAGGUUGAGUUACACAUUAUGCUGGAAAAUUUGUUCA